AUGGAUUUAACAGUUGACCCAAAUUUACAUUCGUUAAUUACAUCUACAACUCAUAAAUGGGUUUUCGUUGGUGGUAAAGGUGGUGUAGGUAAAACUACCUCCUCUUGCUCCAUUGCCAUUCAAAUGGCAUUAAACCAACCUAACAAAAAGUUUCUAUUAAUUUCUACCGAUCCUGCUCAUAAUUUAAGUGAUGCCUUCGGGGAGAAAUUUGGUAAAGAUGCUAGAAAGGUCACAGGUAUGAACAACUUAUCCUGUAUGGAAAUCGACCCAUCUGCUGCAUUAAAGGAUAUGAAUGAUAUGGCUGUUUCUCGUAAUGAUGAAAAUGGUGAUAGUGAUGGUUUAGGCGAGUUGUUACAGGGCGGUGCGCUAGCUGAUUUAACUGGAUCUAUUCCAGGUAUUGAUGAAGCACUUUCUUUCAUGGAAGUUAUGAAACAUAUUAAAAGCCAAGAAAGUGGUGAUGGUGAUUCAUAUGAUACAGUUAUUUUUGACACUGCACCAACAGGUCAUACUUUAAGAUUCCUGCAAUUACCAAACACGCUAGCUAAGUUACUAGAAAAAUUCGGCGAAAUUACCGGUAAAUUGGGUCCAAUGUUAAACUCAUUUGCUGGUGCUAGUAAUGUUGAUAUCAGUGGUAAGCUAAACGAAUUGAAGGAAAAUGUAGAAAAAAUUAGACAACAAUUUACCAACCCAGACUUAACUACCUUCGUUUGUGUCUGUAUCAGUGAAUUCUUGUCUUUAUACGAAACUGAAAGAUUAAUUCAAGAAUUAAUUUCUUAUGAUAUGGAUGUUAAUUCUAUCAUCGUUAACCAAUUGUUGUUCGCUGAAUUUGACCAAGAACAUAAUUGUAAAAGAUGCCAAGCCAGAUGGAAAAUGCAAACCAAAUACUUAGAUCAAAUUGAUGAAUUGUAUGAAGACUUUCACGUUGUUAAGAUGCCACUAUGUGCUGGUGAAAUUAGAGGAUUGAACAACUUAACCAAGUUCUCUCAAUUUUUAGAUAAGGCUUACGACCCAGUUGCUGACGGUAAAGUAAUUUAUGAAUUAGAAGAAAAAAAUUAA